CCUAAUACAUAUAAUCGAAAAUCGACGAUUUAGUAUCUGCAAGCUAUAAACACAGAAUAAAAUAAAUUUUACGUUUUCAAGCGACGUUCCUCAAUAUAUGUUAGCAAAAUGGAACGUCCGAUGUGUCAUUUAUGCCAGGAGACAAAUUACAAAGCUUUACACAUUGAAGAAGUAUACAAGGCAAAGGCUCCAAAGUCGAAGAAGACUAUAUUGGAUAUAAUAAGACAUAUUUCCAGGGUAAUCAAAGUGACGUUUAAUGUGCCUGCAAAAGCCAGAGUCUGCGUUGCUUGUUACAAGGAACUCAUACGUUAUGAUUGCCUUGUAGUAGAACUUCUGGAGGUACAAAAAAGUCUUACAGAAAAAAUAAAUAGUCGAAUUAAGGGCGUGAAGACAAUUGUUUUAAGGCCGGAAAAUGUUCAAUCCACCAACAGUUCAAAUGAGAGCAAUCAGCUAGUGGAAUUAGUCGAGGGAAGCGACUUUGAAGAGGAAGAUGAUGUUACUGAAGAUAACGCUUUCGAUAGUGACAACAUAAUAGAGGAGUCUGAAACCGUUGAGGGCGAUUACGAUAAUGAAGAGGACGAUGAUUAUGAUGAUGAAGUGGACAGAGAGCAGGGUUAUACGUGCCAAGUUUGUAAUAUAAAGGUGGCUAACAAGAAGGCCCUAAAUUUUCAUUUGGAUAAUGAUCAUAAGACUCGAGUUACAUGUAGUGAGUGUGGCGUUCAGGUUAGGAAUGAGGAGUAUUUGGUUCUCCAUAUGAACAUUCACAAUGGCAAGACGGAGACGGAGUGCAGUUUCUGUGACAAAAAAUACGCCAGGCGUGCAAAUGUAAUUCGUCAUAUGGAAAUACAUUUUGACAAAAAAAAACACCAAUGCGAGCGCUGUGGGAUGUUCUUUUCUCAGUCAACUGUUUUCUUCAAUCAUCGUUUACAGCAUGAAGCCGAAGACAAUCCUCUUAUUUGCUCUAUUUGUAGCCAAAGCUUUAAAACCAAGCGGACAUACAAAAGGCACAUGGUAACACAUCAGGACGAUAGACCACGCUAUAGCUGCGAGAAUUGUGGAAAAAUAUUCGUUGAUAAAUACACUCUAAAAAUGCACAACCAGACCCAUCACAAGGAUGAGGAAAUUGAAACGCCGAAGAAAAAACAGAAGCUUCCUGAGGAACAAGAUCAAGUAUUGUUUACUUGUGUCAUUUGCCAUGACAUCUUCCUAAUGCGAGAUUUAUUUAACGAGCACAUGCAAAAUGAACACGAUGUGGUGAUGGACACCUAAAUAAUUUAGUUAUUACAUUUUUAUUUUAAAAUGUCCUAGAGUAAGAACUUCAAUAAUAAGUGUUUUCAAUAAAAUGAGAAUCAGAAUAAAA